GAUCCAAAGUGCUGCUUUGGAAGAGUUGCGCUAACUUGCUCCGCCAUCAUGAGAAGCAUCCGCAGGAGGACGUUGUGUUGCUGCUCGGUGCUCCUGGGACUGCUUGUGUGGGCGCUGUCGGACCUCUUUAACGGCAGCACUCGGCGGGAAGCCGGCGGGACUCCGCGGCGCAUCCCCGGGCCACCGGGCGGCUCGCACCUGACGGUUCAAUUCCGCCACGCAGCGUUGGAGCUGCUGGCGGACUCGGCCCCCAUCAACUCGCUUCAGGAGGACCAGCUGUUGUUCGUGGGCUCCACGCAGGGCAGCGAGAAGAAGUGGGGCUACAAAGUGCUCAAGGCAGCGAAGAAGCAGGGCGUCAUGUUGCGUGACCAGGACGUGUCUCUGCCGGAGGUGCGACCACCCGAGUGUUUGGAGGAUAUGUACAGUGAGUCGCUGCCUUCUGCCAGUGUCGUCAUCUGUUUCCACGACGAGGCUUGGCCAACUCUUUUACGCACUUUGCAAAGUGUCCUCAACACAGCACCCAAAGACUUCUUGUUGGAGCUCCUCCUAGUGGACGACUUCAGUACUCACGACGAGCUGAGGACUGCGCUGAGUGAAUACUUGUCAGGAGUGAACAGGGUGCGUUUGAUUCGCAGCAGCAAGCGUCUGGGUGUGGGCGGCUGUCGCAGCCUGGGUGCAUCCAGAGCUUCGGGGGAGGUGCUGGUCUUCAUGGACUCCCACCUGGAAUGUCCCAGCGGCUGGCUGGAGCCACUCCUGGAGAGGGUGGCCCAGGACAGGACCAGAGUUGUUUCCCCCAUCAUGGAUGCGAUCCAUUGGCAGACCUUCCAGUACAACGCCACCCAGUGGCCGGUGCGGGGAGUGUUCAACUGGAAUCUGGACUUCUACUGGGAAUCCAAAGCCGAGCAGCCAGACUGGGACUCGGACUCGGCGCUUGAGCCUGUGCUGAGUCCAGCGUUAGGGGGCGGAGUCCUGGCCAUGGACAGACUCUUCUUCCACCAUGUGGGAGCCUACGAUCCCGGGAUUGUGCUGUGGGGAGGGGAACACCUUGAGCUGUCAAUCAGGGUGUGGUCAUGCGGGGGCUCCAUGGAGGUGGUCCCCUGCUCCCGCGUGGCCCACGUACACCACCAGCACCACCCCCCUAAGCGUUUCCCAGACCAGGAGCAGCUGGAGAGGAACAAAAUCCGCAUAGCUGACGUAUGGAUGGAGGCGUACCGCAAGAUCUUCUACAGGAGGGACACUCUGGCUCAUUUCAUCAGUCAGUCUGAGAGCCCUAAUAUUACUGAGCGCCUGCUGCUCAAGAGGACUCUGGGCUGUCAGGACUUCCACUGGUACCUGAGUACAGUUUAUCCCCAACUUUACAUCCCCCAGGAUAGACUGGGACUGUCAGGCGAGCUGUACAACAUGGCGUCCGGCGGCUGUGUGGACCACCGCCCAGCCCAUGGUGGAUCCAUGAUCGUAGCCCCAUGCAGCGGUACAGGCAGCCAGCACUGCGAGCUGAACUCUCAAGGGGAAGUGCGAUGGGGCCCCACGGGGGCUUGGUGUUUGGACGCCAUCGAAGGACGGGUGGCCCUCUCCCAGUGCGCCAGCCACCGACCAAUCAGCGGCAGGCUCCAGUGGACCUUCCUCAAGCUGAGCGGCCAGCUGCAGCACCAGCACUCGCACCUGUGUGUGGAGGCCGUCAAGGCCAGCGUGCCACCCAGCGUGCCACCCCGCGGGGCGGGGGACCUCUUCCUGCGGCCCUGCACGCCUCAUCCCGCCCAACAGUGGAUCUUUGAGCAGCUGGUGUCUCCAUGACCACACGCCAAUGGACUCCAGCUGCAACACCCGGUGACUGACUUCCUCGAUCCACGACCUCCCUGCCCUCGACCUCUUGCCUGUUCACGAACUGCCUCUUUGCCUUGCCCCUCUGGACUCGACGAAAGAUACAACCAACACUCACAGACAACAACCCCUGGUAACAUUUACACUAUUAAUAUUACACAUAGUCUACACUCAUUCACUUUGAGUAGCAUACACACGCCACGUAAUCAUCAAAGGUUUGAAUAAACCUUGUGAACCGCAGUUGUGCCCUGGUUGUCGCCUCCUUCCCUUCUCUGUACAUAACAAUUCGGGUGUUACCAUUUAGUGGUCAAUUGUACGGAAUAUGUACUUCUUUGUGCAACCUACUAA